AUGAGCCAUGAGCGAGAAGAUCAAGAAACUACCGCCACCACGAGCAGCAGCGCCUCGGAUUGGCUCGACGAGUCCAUCGCCUUCCUCACCGCCGACCUCGACCUCGGCUUCGACGAUUGUGGCUGGUUGCCGGCAUCAGCGGCGCAGGAGCAGCAGGACGUCGGCGGCAUGGUCUCGGAGACACUGCCAUCUCCGGCCACCUUGCCCCGGCCAGAUCCGGGCCCUGUCUCCGCGAGCGUUGCAUCGUCGUCACCAGUGACGUCGCAGCAGGAGUUUGGGCAGCCCAAGAAACGCAAGUCUCCAGGGCACAGCAGCCAGCGAAGCCAUGUUGGCGGUGGCGGCAGCAGAGGCGGCGCCGAGCCUGACAAGGGAGGUUCGAGCUGCAACCGGAAGCCGGGAAAGAAGGGCAGUGCCAAGGGUGGCGCGGCAAGCAUGGACAAGGAGGCGAGGUGGGCGGAGCAGCUGCUGAACCCGUGCGCGGCGGCCAUCGAGGUGGGCAACCUGCCGCGCGCGCAGCACCUGCUAUACGUGCUCGGCGAGCUUGCCUCCUUCUCCGGCGGGGCCAACUACCGCCUGGCCGCGCACGGGCUGCGCGCCCUCGCGCUCCGCCUCCCGCACGCCGUGGGCCAAGCGGCAGCGGCGUCUAUGAAGAUGCCAUCUUUCGAGUGGCCGACGCCGGCGUUCUCCGGCGUAGAGCCGCGCCUCUUCCGCGCGUCGCUCAUCAAGUUCCACGAGGCCAGCCCGUGGUUCGCGCUCCCGAACGCGCUCGCUAACGCCGCCAUGGCGCAAGGCGCGACGAAGUGCGCGGUCGUUGUGCCCCGCCGGAUCCACGUCGUGGACAUCGGUGUGUCGCACGGCGUGCAAUGGCCGACGCUGCUCGAUGCGGUUACCCGGGUGCCACGGGGCUCCACGCCGCCCCCCGUCCGCAUCACGGUCGUAGGCCCCUCUGCCACGCCGCCGGUGCCCUUCUCCGCAUCACCUCCGGGCUACGAUUGCUCCCCGCAGCUCCUCCGGUACGCCAAGUCCAUCGACCUGGACCUUGCCAUCGACCAAUCACCAUGCUUAGACACACUGCACGGCGUCACCACCCCCGGCGAGACCCUCGUCGUCUGCCUUCAGUUCCGGCUCGGCCAUGCCACCGCCGACGAGCAAGCAGCCAUACUCCGAAAGGUCAGGACCCUCAACGCGGAGCUACUGGUCCUAGCUGAGCUGGACGGCGGCAGCCGCAGCGACGGCAGCGCGGCCAGCGAGUUCGCUGCGAGGCUGGAGCUUCUCUGGAGGUUCUUGGACUCGACGGAGGCAGCGUUCAAGGGAAGGGACGCCGACGAGAGGCUCGUGAUGGAAGCAGAAGCGGGGAUGGCAUUGGCCACGGCGCGGCGGGGAGCGGCCAUGUGCGGGCGCGAGGCGUGGCGGGCGCGGAUGGCGGCGGCGGGGUUCGAGGAGGUGGCGUUCGGGGGCGAGGCGGUGGAGACGGCGAAGGCGCUGCUGAGGAAGUAUGACGGCGGGUGGGAGCUGGUGCCGCCCUCGCCAGCAUCCGGCAGCGCGGUGGGGCUCCGGUGGAAGGGGCAGCCCGUGUCGUUCUGCUCGCUGUGGCGCCCGGCGUAG